UAUAUAUAUCUCUCUCUCUCUCUCUAAAAUGAUGCAUAAGUAUCAUGUUCAUGCACUAUGGUUUGUGAUCACACUCUUUCUUGUUGUACACCAGCUGUUUUCGCCGACGGUGGCGGCAUUAGAAGUCGAUUACUACCGCCUGACGUGCCCGAUGGCGGAGAAGAUCGUCAGGCGGACGGUGACGAGAGCGGUGGACAGGGAUCGCGGUUUGGCCCCCGCGCUGAUAAGGAUGCACUUCCAUGACUGCUUUGUUAGGGGCUGCGAUGCGUCUAUCCUUCUCGACCCGACCGCAACGAACCGGACGGAAAAGCUGAGCCCCGCCAACACCCCGAGCCUCCGCGGCUACGAAGUAGUCGACGAAGCUAAGGCCCGGCUCGAGUCCCACUGCCCGCAGACCGUCUCCUGUGCCGACAUUAUCGCCUUCGCGGCCCGCGACAGCGCCUGCCUGGCUGGUGGCCCCGAGUACGCCGUCCCCGCGGGCCGCCGCGACGGCGCAGUCUCCCGAGAAUCCGAAGUCCUCCCAAACCUCCCCCUCCCAAACUCCACUCUUGACCAGCUCAUCCAAAUCUUCUCCUCUAAGGGGCUCGCCGUCGAACACCUAGUGGCGCUCUCCGGCGCACACUCCGUCGGCGUCUCGCAUUGCUCGUCCUUCGCCCACCGGCUCUACGGCUUCAACGCCACGCACGCGCAAGACCCCGCAUUGGACCGGAGCUUCGCGAGCCUUCUGAAGGCGAAUUGUCCCCCGUCGUCGGGGACUGACACGGCACGGACCGACCCCACUGUGCCGCUGGACUCGAAAGCGUCAGACCGGCUGGACGUGAGGUACUACAUGAACCUGAUGGCUGGGAGGGGGCUGCUGGGGUCGGACCAGGCGCUGGUCAGCGGCCCGGUGACAGCGGCGCUGGUGGCAGUGCAUGCCGCGGAGCCGUGGCGGUGGAAGGAGGAGUUCGCGGCGGCGAUGGUGAGGAUGGGAUCCAUAGAAGUGCUCACUGGAGAGGAAGGAGAGGUGAGGAAGGAUUGUAGGGCGGUGAAUGGUUAGCCGCAGUUGUGUGAAAUUGUUUGUUGAAUUGUAUGUUUCUAUUGCAAAUCUCUGUUGUGGUA